AUGCAGCGCUCGGUAGAACAAAGAAUUGCGAUCAAGUUUUGCGUUAAACUUGGCAAAACCGCGGCGGAAACUAUUCCAAUGAUCCAGGCAGCUUAUAAAGAAGAUGCCCUGUCGGAUAGGCAAGUGUUCCGGUGGCACAAGGCCUUUUUGGAAGGCCGGGAAACAGUCGAUGACGAGGUCCGCGCCGGACGGCCAUCAACGAGCACCACGGACGACAAUGUGACGCGAGUGAGACAACUUUUGAACACAGACCGACGAUUGAGUGUCCGUUUAAUGUCACUGAUAUUAGACAUUCCAAAAACUAUUGUUCAUGAGAUUGUUACGAACAAUUUGAACAUGCGGAAGGUUUGCGCGAAGAUGGUCCCGAAAGUGCUCACCGACGACCAAAAGAUGAACCGCCUUGAAACGUGCCAAGAAAAUUUAAACAUGUGCGAAAGUGAUCCCGAGUUUUUGAACAACGUCAUUACAGGUGACGAAUCUUGGAUAUUCGAGUAUGACCCGGAAACAAAAAGACCAUCAUCGGAGUGA